AUGGCAGGGCGACGCCCCAACUUCCUCAUCAUCGUCGCUGAUGACAUGGGAUUUUCGGAUGCAGGAUGCUUUGGUUCAGAAAUCCGCACGCCAAACCUCGACAAGCUUGCCAAAGAUGGCAUCCGACUUACGGGCUUCCACGCGGCGGCAGCGUGCUCCCCGACCAGGGCAAUGAUCCUGACGGGUACAGACCACCACAUCGCGGGCUUGGGCAACCUGAUCGAGUGGACCGAUUUCUCGGGACAGAAUUUCCCCAAGGGGAGCAAGUACUCAACGGCUCCGCAGAGAGGUAUGCCAGGUUAUGAGGGCUACCUGAACGCUCGUGUGGCCGCACUCCCUGAGAUCCUGAAAGAGGGAGGGUAUCACACCGUCAUGAGUGGCAAGUGGCAUCUAGGUCUCACCAAGGAACGAAGUCCUCAAGCUCGUGGCUUUGACCGGAGUCUGGCGCUCCUGCCUGCAUGCUCGAACCACUAUGACUGGAGACCGGAGGCAGAGUUCCCAAAGUUCCUCGAGAAGAGCGUCAUUGCUCUGCACAUGGAGCACGACCACUACGUCAAGGACCUCCCAGAGGGGUGGUACUCGAGCGAUGGAUAUGGCAAGAGGAUGCUGAGGUAUCUGCAGGAAUGGAAAGAAGAUGACGAGCUCUCGAAGAAGCCCUUCUUUGCGUAUUAUCCCUUUUCCGCCCCGCAUUGGCCUUUACAAGCGCCCAAGGAGUACAUCGAUCACUAUCGAGGUGUCUACAAGGACGGACCGGAAGCACUGCGCCAGGCACGACUGAAGAAGCUGAUCGAGCUUGGAAUGAUACCCAAAGAUGUCAAACCGCAUCCCGUUGUGGCCGACGAAGUCCCAGGGUGGGACGAAAUGGACGACUUCCACAAGAAGGCCUCCUCCACCUCAAUGGAAGCGUAUGCCGGAAUGAUCGAGUGCCUAGACUAUAACAUUGGUCGAGUCACCGACUACCUAGAAUCUAUCGGCGAGCUGGACAACACGUAUAUCAUGUUCUUUUCUGACAACGGUGCCGAAGGAGCUGCAUACGAGGCGUAUCCCAUGGUCGCGGGCGAGCUCAUGGAACACAUUGGAAAGUACUACAACAAUUCCCUCGAAAACAUCGGCAACAAGGACAGUUUCGUCUGGUACGGUCCACGUUGGGCUCAAGCUGCCACAGCCCCCAGCAGGCUGUACAAAGCUUAUACCACAGAGGGAGGGGUCAGGGUGCCCUGUGUCAUCCGCUACCCAAAGUUGCACAAAGGUAGGGAAGGGGAGAUCACCGAGACAUUCGCAACGGUGAUGGAUAUAGCACCAACGCUGCUUUCCCUUGCCGGGAUCCAACACCCGGCUCCAGAAUGGAACGGGCGACAGGUCGUGCCCAUGCGUGGCAAAGAUAUGACUCCCUGGCUGAGCGGCAAGCAAGACUUGGUGCACGAUCCAGGCGAGGCUUUUGGCUGGGAGCUGUGUGGCCGAGCUGCGAUCCGCAAAGGACAAUGGAAGGCAGACUUCAUCCCGUUCCCCAAAGGCACAUCUGCAUGGCAGCUCUAUGACCUGUCGAAAGAUCCGGGCGAGACAGAAGAUCUCGCUGAUAAGCAUUCGGAGAUCCUGAAGGAAUUGCUGGAUCUAUGGGAAGUAUACUGUGAAGAAACCGGGGUGGUACCCCUGCAACCAGAGCUCGGUGCCCGGUUCCACGAGGCAGUCGAGGCACAGAUGAAGGAAGGCGAAUGGAUUGAAUAUGAGUACUGGAAGCCCGGUGCCUUAGAGGAGAGAAGGAGACAGGAAUAUGUCAGGGAGAUCGCAAAGGUGAGCGAUCCGAGACUCAAGGAGGCCGCGGGAGGACAGCCUGUCAAUGUCGCGUAG